AUUACGAUGACUACAUUAUGGCUUCAUUACCAUUUCUGAGGUCCUCAUUUAUUCCGUCUCCGCCGUUAGAUUCUGAUUUUGCUUCCUCUUCUGUACAUUCUCCGCUGAUGUACUGACUGAAGCAUCCAUCAAACACCUCCGAACAAUUCAACUCUUCCGCCGAUGACGAGUAUUCUGGCGAGACACCCUCCGUCUCUGCCGCCGGCGGUUGGCGACGGUUUUAAUAUUACUUCUACUCUCAAGGGAUCCGAUUGCAGAAUCCUCUGUUUCGGGUACUCAAAUUCGGACCCCCAAAUCCGUGCCCGCUUCAGCAGCGCUCGCAGACAGAGGCGAUUUAGGGUUUCGUGGCCCGUUCUAUCUGGUAAAUUGGACGAUGGCGUUGAAGGAGAUGAUGAAUCUGACGAGGACGGUUCGAACCGGGAAGAUUCUGAAGAGAAUAGAAUUAAACGUGUUAACAGUGACAAACUAAGAGAAAAUCUUGAAAAAAUUGUUGGGGUGGAUGACUCCAGAUUCAGUGGGAUAGAUCUCGCAACUCUUAUACGGAAUAAAUAUGGGAGGUCGUAUGAUGUUCAAUUGAUCAAGAAGGAGUUCAUGGGCAGAAAUCUCCUUGCUAUGAAUGUCAUGUGGAAGUACAUGGAGCAGAGAUCAUUUCCACUGACCGAAGAAGAGUACAUUUUGAGGCUCGAUGACGUGGCAACUAAUUUAAGAUGUUGGGGAGCUGUCUCGCAUGUCCGAAGCACUCUUGAGAAGUCGAAAGAACGGCCUCGGAUUGGAAAGGCAGUGACAAUGUAA